AUGGACGAACCAUUACCCGAGCUGCAGUGGUCGGCGCCCUUCGCUGUACUCCCACCCAUCAAAUCUGCUUCCAAGGAUCUCCGCGGCGACAAGAUCCUACUCCCACAAUCCGCCCUCGAGCAACUGCUAGCAGCCUCCCCGAGACCCCCGGCACCCUCCAACUCGUCCUUCACCUCGUACGAUCCUUUUAACCCUUACGCACGCCAGCACCAAGCCGCUUAUCGAGAUACCUCUCAGCAACUGCCGAAUCCAUUAAUAUUCCGCCUGGUAAACCAAAAGAAUGGAAACGUCGUCUAUGCCGGUAUCCGCGAGUUCUCUGCUGAGGAAGGCGAGAUCGCCCUUGGAUCAUAUCUGAUGGACGCGCUGGGCAUACUCCCUUCUGACUUCAACAGUGAUGGUACCGGAAGCAAACCGGUCGACUUGACAGUCGAGAUGGACCGCGAUGCUCAACCUCAUGUCACUGUCCACGCGAAGCAGUUGCCCAAGGGCACCUACGUUCGCCUCAGACCUCUGGAAGCUGGCUAUAAUCCCGAUGACUGGAAGUCUUUACUCGAGAGACAAUUACGUGAAAGCUACACCACUCUUACCAAAGACACCAUCUUAUCCGUCCGCGGAGUCAAAGGCGAGCAAUUCAAGUUCUUAGUCGACAAAUUUCUUCCUGACGGCGACGGUAUAUGCGUGGUUGAUACAGACUUGGAGGUUGAUAUUGAAGCCCUGAACGAAGAGCAGGCGCGGGAAACGAUGCGCCAGAUCAUGGCCAAAGCCCAGCCUGGGACAGACAAUGGCAGCUCCAAAGGUGGCCAGAUCGACGUGUGGAAGAAUGUCGAUGGACAGGUCCUGCCUGACGAAUAUGUCGACUACGAGCUUCCGUCUUGGGACCGGAACCGGCCCCUCACAAUCGAGCUUGGGAAUCUGCCCGACGAGGAUGAGGUGGAUUUGUUCGUCAGUCCCAAGUCAACUCGGCAACGUGCUCUCCCGCGCGACUCCGAGCACGUCUUUGGAAACUUCGAUCCUCCAGUCGACGGGAAAAAGUCAAUGACAAUUCAACCCACAAACAUUGAGCUCGAGAACGCAGAGGAACUCCUCAUCUCGCGCCUCCGGCUCACCGGUCCGUUUCUCGUUAAGGGCAAAGGCUGCUUCAGAAGACGGAUCUCGGGAUGGGCCAAUUGA